UCCACCCCCUCUCUUUCCCCCUAACACAGAACAGAUAUUCACCUCUGCCAGCGUUGUUUUCAAGUUCCUGCCAGACGGGCCACACACAGGGCGCAUGGCAGGCGGCCCUCAGCUCGCCUCUGCGGGGACCGUGAUCACAGAAGCCUCUCUCCUCAGCAUGAAGCACCUCAGCUCUGCGCCCUGGGCCGCCCUGGUCCUCAGCCUGGCCUUUGCCUCUUUCCACCCGGCUUGCUUGGCAGAUAAAAGAGUGUUUUCUGUUUACCUGGCCAUGCUUAAGAGAGGGCCUCAAACACUUGACAAAUAUAACUGCACUGAAGGGUUGGGUCUUGCCAGCAGCCUUUACUUUGGAAGUGACUCCAAGUGGGACCAGUCCCUGGCUGGCUUUGCUUAUGAGGGAGAAGCAAGCAGCAGCAGCAACUCAACCUUGACUGUCCACCAUCCAGGCCUUGAGACCCUGGAGCAGUGCCCCAAUGUCAACUUCUGCCCACAAGCAGCCCGGUGUUGCCACACCGGAGUGGAUGAAUACGGCUGGAUCGCGGCUGCCGUUGGUUGGAGUCUCUUGUUUCUCACUCUCAUCCUGCUCUGUGUGGACAAACUGAUGAAGCUAACUCCAGAUGAGCCCAAGGACUUGCAAGCAUGACACUUAGAAUCUUUGUCCCAAGAAUGUCAAUCACCACCAAUUGUAGGUAAUAGCAGGCAGGGAUAGCGCUAAUGUGAUUUCCAUUACUUUAAAGUCUUUUAAUCCUU